AUGGCACCUCGUGGAUGCGUUCGAGGCCAUGGGAGAGGAUAUGCCGGUACUCGUGGGCCGGAAACCAAUCUGAAUGACCCCGUGAACUUCAUGGCCGCCUUGCAGAACAUGGCUGUUGCUAUGCAGGCUACUGCUGAGGCACUCGGGCAGCAGAUGAACAACAAUAAUCAUAAUCAUGAGGGAAACGGCGGAAACGAGACUCAAGGUCCAAUGACAUUGGCGACCUUCUUAAAGGUCAAUCCACCGAAGUUCAAGGGGACUACUAAUCCAACUGAGUCCGACACUUGGUUUCAAGUUAUGGAGCGAGCACUGCAAGCGCAGUUGGUACCUGAGGAACAAUGCGUCGAGUUUGCUACUUAUCCGCUCACCAAGGAAGCGUCAGAUUGGUGGCAAGGAACCCGACAUCUCAUACAGCAGGGCGAUGACCCUAUCACCUGGGAUACCUUCCAGGAGAAAUUCUACAAAAAGUACUUUUCGAAUUCCACCAGGACGACUAAAGAACUGGAGUUACUACAGCUGAAGCAGGGGAUUAUGUCUGGAGCUCCGGAAGACUUUGAGGAGUGGAAAUGUGUCAAGUAUGAAGGAGGGCUCCGAAGCGACAUCUACAGUUCAGUAGGGCCUAUGGAGAUUAGGACUUUCUCCGAGUUAGUAAACAAGAGCAGAGUUGCCGAAGAAUGUGUGAAGAAGGCAGCUGCAGAAAGAGAAAGCCAGAGGAAAUCAUUCCCACUGAACCGAGGAAAGAGUUUUACUCCUAGAGGUCCUCCCUUCAAGCCGUCAGGCUUCGCACCACAGAAGACUCAGGGUCAAAACAACUUCAGAAGGCCCAACAACAACAACAAUGCUUUGGGGAGGAGAUUUGGGAAGCAGCCUCAGAAUGAGCAAGCGUGUGCUAGAUGUGGGAGUUACCAUCCUCGUGUUCCGUGCAAGGCUGGAUGGGGGUUGUGUUACUCAUGUGGGAAGCUGGGGCAUAAAGCGUCAAACUGUCCAGAGAAGCAGAGACAGGGUACCGGGAGAGCACAGCAGCCUGGACGGGUGUUUACUACUUCAGCUAUAGGUUUUGAGGGGUCUAAGGCACUUAUCAGAGGUAAAUGUGAAAUGCCUGGUCAAAUUUUAAAUGCAUUGUUUGAUUUUGGAGCAUCACUGAUGGUGGAAAAAUCGUCGGUAAAGAUUUUCACAAGAAUAAGCACGUUGUAA